UUUCUCUCUCUUUAGUCUACGGGUAAUGUCAUUAGCCAUGUGAGAAAAAUAUUAAAAACAAAAAUAGUUUAUUUUGCAACAGUUCUAUUUUAAAGUGCUUUUAAUACUUUUCUAAAUAAAAAAUGGAGACAGAUAACAUCAACAUUGAAGAGUUCUUACCUGCAAAGAACCCUGUUAAGUUAAAAAAUGUGAAGCGAAGAGCCGUUUCCGAAUCUGGCGAGGGUAUGGAGGUGGAAGAACAAAUUGGCACGGACGGGAAGCCCAAACGUGCUCGAUCUAAGGCUAAAAAGUCUAAAAGGAACGCUGAACCUAACGAGAGUAAAGUUAACAUGAGAAAAGUUGCUGUGCCCGCACACAGAUACACUCCUUUAAGAGAAAACUGGCUAAAGAUCUUCACACCAAUAGUAGAGCAUUUGUUUCUGCAAGUUCGCUUUAACACAAAAUCACGAAAUGUGGAAAUAAGGGUUGGCCCAGAGACAAAAGAUGUUGCUAAUUUACAGAAAGCUGCGGAUUUUGUCAAGGCCUUUAUCUACGGUUUUGAUGUUGAAGAUGCACUGGCUUUACUCCGAUUAGAUGACCUUUUUGUGGAGUCCUUUGAAAUUAAAGAUGUCAAAACCUUACAAGGUGACCACUUAGGAAGGGCAAUUGGACGUCUAGCUGGCAAAGCAGGACGGACAAAAUUCACUAUAGAAAAUGUUACAAAAACUAGAAUAGUAUUGGCAGACUCGAAAAUUCACAUUUUAGGCAGUUACCAGAAUAUUGCACUAGCAAGAAGAGCUAUAUGCAACUUAAUCAUGGGAUCACCACCUUCCAAAGUGUAUGGAAAUUUAAGAAAUGUUGCAAAAAGGGUUGCCGAGAGAUUCUAGGUGUAAAUAAAGUGUACUAUUUAUAAUAGUGUUUGUUUACAUAUUUUAAAUACAUACCUUUCAUCGUAACUAAGCCCAUUGCCACUCCUAGCUUCUUCUGUACAUAUAAGCCCUGACAUGUUGGAUAUUUUCAUUGGCCAAGUUUUUUAAAUAUUUUUGUAGA